ACGAGUAUCUAAGUAGUCUGUGGUGCAGUGGUAUUUGUUGUGCGUGAGUGAUAGGUUGUGUUUCCUUUGUGGAAGUUUUUAUUACCCGAUGUAUGAAAUACAGUGUUUCCAAGAAAACAUAACACAAUUUUAAACUUAUGAUCAGGUCUUGUAUUUUGGUUAUUAUGUUAACUUGCAACAUAUACGAAUCAACCGGCAGUUGACACAGUGAAGAGAUGUACAUAAAUAAAAACAUUCCGCAUUAUUCCAAUAGCCUGUGAUAUUAAACAUUGUUUAGCAAAAAAUAUGACUGUGACAUAUACUGGCGAAGUAGCCACAUGCCGUGGCUUCGGGACUUUUCUAAAAGUUUUGUACAGAUGGCGUGGAAGCAUCUACAAAUUGGUAUGGCUGGACCUUCUUGUGUUUUUGCUAACAUAUUAUAUGUUAAGUUUAACUUAUCGUCUUUUACUAAAUGAAGACUCUAAGAGAGUCUUCGAGGGUAUAGUGAAUUAUUGUAGUUUUCAUGGAAAUGUGAUACCACUGUCAUUUGUUCUGGGCUUUUAUGUAACAGUAGUGAUGAACCGGUGGUGGGGUCAAUAUACUACUAUACCUUGGCCGGAUUCCAUUGCCGUUUUCGUAUCGGCAACUAUACAUGGUCAGGAUGAGCGAGGGCGGUUGAUGAGACGCACGAUCUUGCGAUACGUGUGUCUUUGUCUAACGAUGGUGCUAACAAUGAUUUCCCCUAGAGUUAAGAAAAGAUUUCCCACGCUUAAUAAUCUCGUAGACGCUGGAUUACUUCUCGACAAUGAGAAAAGCAUACUUGACAAUUUAAAUGAGAAGUUUCCAAAGCCUUCAAAACAUUGGUUACCCAUUGUAUGGGCUACAAGUAUAGUGACGAGAGCUCGUAAAGAGGGCCGAAUAAGAGAUGACUUUGCAGUAAAAACUAUCAUAGACGAACUAAACAAGUUCAGGGGUCAGGCGGGGCUGCUACUCAGUUACGACACCAUUAGUAUUCCCCUGGUAUAUACUCAGGUAGUUACUAUAGCGGUGUACUCAUACUUUAUAACAUCCGCUUUAGGCAGUCAAUGGGUUGACAACAAAUUGGAUUCUCAUUCGAAAUCUAACAUUAGUAAUAUAGAUCUAUAUUUUCCUAUAUUCAAUACACUAGAAUUCUUCUUCUACAUGGGCUGGUUGAAAGUGGCGGAGUCAUUGAUAAAUCCUUUCGGAGAAGACGAUGACGACUUCGAAGUCAAUUGGUUGAUAGAUCGGAAUUUGCAGGUAUCAUACAUGAUAGUAGACGAUAUGCACCACGAGCAUCCCGAGUUGAUAAGAGAUCAGUAUUGGGAUGAAGUUCCAUCGGAAUUGCCGUACACGAUCGCUACUGAAAAAGAUAGGGAGGAGCAUCCUGAGCCUUCGACUGCGCGAGUGAACGUUCCAGUGAGGCAACGCAGCAUGGUGUUGUCAGCACCGUCCACAGUGAAAAUCGACGAGAUGGUUCCCUCCAACACCGUGAGUUACAAGUUCGCCCCGCCAGAGCAACUACAGAUGAACGAUGACGCCGUGUCUGGGAUACAUUUCAUAGUAUCGCGUGGAAGUAAGCGAGGCAAGAAGGAGGACCGCAACUCUAUGGGGUCCAGCAAUUCGAUGGCGUCGCUGCAGCAGACGCCAAUGACACGGAACAAUUCAGUCACUUCCAUGUUGAAACGGUUGUUCUCUAAAGAGGAGCAGCGACCUGGCACUACGCCCCCUACAGCCAACUCACAAACAGACGGCGGUUCUCGAUUCACAAUAUCAGCGAGUAACCCGACCCUCAAUAAGCCAGCCACGGCCGGCGGCAGCAUGAAGAUUGCCAAUGAGGUCAUCGAGGAAGUAGAUGAACAAACCACUAUUACUAGCAUGGGCAAGCGACCUGACAUCAGGCCAACUGCAAUGAGUUUAUUCACGAAUACCGCACCCAGUGAUCCAGUAGAUGUUCCAUUGAAGAAUUCAAAUAACAGCAGCAAUCAUAGAUUAUCAUCGUCGGCGCCAACGCAAUGGUCGCACACCAAAGAGGGCGACGACCUCAGCCCGGCGGUGCAGUCCCUCACAACGCAGCCGUCGUUCGCCAGCCUUACCUCGCACCGCCCGCGCCUCGACAGCGACGUGGGCGCCUCGCUUAGCGCCGCCGGCAGCCAAAUCAUCAUGGACGAGGUAGAUGGCGUUGAGGAGAACGACGAUUUCGAACGACUCCGCAGCAUCAGAGACCAGCGUCGUCGCGAGAAAUACCUUCAAAAACUCAUGGCUCGCUCCGUCAGCGCACAGCAGACCACAGGCAGUACAGAAUUAAUUGACAACGAUUUGUUAUUAGAAGAAUUAUUGAUGCAGUCUGGUGCAUUAAAGAAUAAUGAUAAACCAAGAGAAGAAUCUAAAGAAAACAAUACUUGACAUAGUAGUUUUAUUUUUCAAUGGGACUUAAAUUGAGUCAUUUCAGUAUUAGAACAAAAUGUGAUAUGUACUUUUUAAUAACUACUUAAACAAUGCAAGCUACAAUAAAAAAAUAAGCUGUAAUAUGCC